AUGGAUUUGUCAAGCCUCACUCCCUCAACCUCAGUACUCACAAGUCAACUCACCACCAGCACCUAUAAGAAUAAAGCAAAAAUGAUCAGCGACCAAGAUCUGGAGCAUCUCCGUCUGGCAGUCUCACUCGCCCACGAAGCCCUCAAAGCAGGAGACGCCCCUUUCGGCUCAGUGCUCGUCUCAUCAGACAACAAAGUCCUGCAAACCGACCGAAACCGCACCGUCACAGGCUCCAAUGGUGAUGGUCGCGCUGACUCGACACUUCACCCAGAGUUCACUCUCGCACGUUGGGCACAGCUCAACCUGAGCGACGAAGAGCGUGCGAAGUCUACUGUGUACACGAGCGGUGAGCACUGCGCUAUGUGCUCUGCUGCCCAUGCGUGGUGUGGACUUGGAAGGAUUGUGUAUGCUUCUUCAACGGAGCAGCUGGAAGCUUGGAAGGCCGAGUUUGGUGUUAAAGCACCGGUUGCGCCGUUGAGCAUCAACCAGGUUGCUCCGGGGCUUACCGUUGAAGGGCCUGUUGAAGAACUGGCUAAAGAGGUUUAUCAGUUCCAAGUUGAGAGUUGGACGGCCAAGGGUUUCAAGUCCAAGUCCAAGUCCAAGGCUUGA